UAUAAGACAAGAUGGCGGAGGAGGACUGGAGGAGACGGCCGCGCCAUGUUGGACCAAAAAGAGUGUUUAUAAAAUGUCCGAUUAUCAACGUUUUUAAAGGAGCCACGACGCUGACAAUGGACGUGCCGAGACCUGAAUCUUCCCUGAAUACCCUGCACAAGCCCAAAGCAAGGCACUGGAGCGUUGACGGAGGGAGGAUGAAGUGAAGGGCGCGACACCUGCUCCACCGCCUCCUCCACAGUGAUGAUGGCGAAGAAUGUGCUGCUCUGGUUCCCCCUCAGCGCUGCCGUCCUCAUGCCCGCCACCUUCCUCGUCACGUACGCUUGGUCCGUUGGUCUGGGCCACGUGGAGCCGGACUUCCCCUACAUCAGUGCCACAGGGACAUACCCUCCAGAGAGCUGUUUCUUUGGCCUUAUGCUCAACAUCAUCGCCAUCUUGUUAUUGGUAACAGUGUGGGUGAGACACAGGCAGAUUGAGGACCACUGUAGCCAGACGGUGGUGGCAUACAACCUUCCCAGGACGAGUGAGGUGGCUUCCGUCUUCGGCUACGCUGCGGCCUUCGGGAUCUGUCUUGUCGGGAACUUUCAGGCCACCAAUGUCGCCAGUGUUCACCUCAUUGGGGCAGGAAUGGCGUUCGGACUGGGCAACAUAUACCUUUGGAUCCAGAGCUGGAUGUCCGUACACCUUAUGCCGCGGGUCAACAGCAAGGCGGUGACGGUGGUGCGGUUCGUCUCCUCGGCCAUCGCGACGCUUAUGAUCAUCUUAACCAUACUCUUCUCCUUCCUCUAUGACGCGAAGAACAGAGAUGUGGCUUACUGGACCGAGGAAACCGAGUGGUGGAUGGAUGACGAGCGCCAACAUUGGGAGUUCCACAUCAUCGCUACGGCCUCGGAGUGGGUGCUUGCCGCGGCCUUCGUGGUGGUUCUCCUCUCCCUUGUGCCUGAGUUCAAGAGGAUGACCUUCCAGGGGGUGAUGGUGGAGUACGACAGGGACCGAGACCAGUUGAGGGAGCGCAGCCACCCCCCAACCCAGUCCAGCGAGACCAUCAACACCAUAGAGAGUGAGAGACUCUAGGGCUAAGCGUUUCGCCCCCCCGCCACUUCUGUACAGCAAGCUAAGUCCGUUUUCGCUGCCCUGAACCUCGCAAGCUAAGUCCGUUUUCGCUGCCCUGAACCUCAACUCACCCUUGUAGAAUACUGUACAAAGGACCCGUAGACUAGACUGCACUCGCUUCGGAAAUGCACCCAGACUGUAUAGCGUUGAGAGAGCAAUGCAUGGUUAUUCAGACAUUGUAAUGGUUUUUGUUAAUACUGUGGCUGGUUGUUUGGUAUGUUUAAGGCGUGGUUAGUUGGGUAUAGUGGGUUAUUUGUAUAUAUUUAUGAUUGAGUUCCUAAUGUCAACUUAGCUCUGAAAAACCAACACUUCCAACUCUUACUAUGGAUCAGUAUUACAAGACAUUUUCGCGUUUAAUAUCCGCUAUUUUUAAAGGUCAAAGAGGGGGUCAGUCAGGUGCUAAUGUGUGUUUCUUUAGGGUCACGGUAAAGUAGAAGGGUCACACUGCCAACAGGGUCACAAAACUACCCCUGGAAAUGCCCACAACCCCUACGAAAGCUUUGUCAAAUAUGUUCUUAAGUGGUGAAAUGAUGUCUUAUAAUAUGACCGUGUCCUAAGAAUGGAAGUGAAGAACCUAACUAGCCAAAGAGCUGUGAAUAGAAUGGUUUUGUGGAUUCUUAUUUAUACCAAGUGUGAUGUUGAUUUACCAGUGAAAAUUCGAUACUUCCUACUAUCUCCGUCCCAAAGCCAACUAGCCAGAGCUAUUAAUAGAAUGGUUUUGUGGAUUCUUUUUUUAUACUGAGUGUGAUGUUGAUUUACCAGACUUACCAGUGAAAAUCCAAUACUUCCUACUAUCUGUCCCAAAGCCAACUAGCCAGAGCUGUUAAUAGAAUGGUUUUGUGGAUUCUUAUUUAUACUGAGUGUGAUGUUGAUUUACCAGACUUACCAGUGAAAAUCCGAUACUUCCUACUAUCUCCGUCCCAAAGCCAACUAGCCACAGAGCUGUUAAUAGAAUGGUUUUGUGGAUUCUUAUUUAUACUGAGUGUGAUGUUGAUUUACCAGACUUACCAGUGAAAAUCCGAUACUUCCUACUAUCUCCAUCCCAAAGCCAACUAGCCAGAGCUGUGAAUAGAAUGGUUUUGUGGAUUCUUAUUUAUACUGAGUGUGAUGUUGAUUUACCAGACUUACCAGUGAAAAUCCAAUACUUCCUACUAUCUCCGUCCCAAAUAUUGAUAGUAAAAAGACAAACACUAGCCGCAUGAUACCAAUACGACGUUUGAAUAUCCAUCCGUAAGUGAGAGAGGGACCAUUUGUUUCCUCGUGUUGACAGGGAACGUAAACUCCAUGCUGUGUUGAGAGUAGGGGACCAUUUCCUUCCUGAGCACAAGAAUGUUAAUGUAAAUAUAUGCCUUCUUUGUUAUAUAGUUUGUUGUUGCACUGCAUGUCCUCAUACUCACCACAGAGCUGAUUAAAAGGACAAGUUCUCUCCUUGACAUUGUAAUAGCAUGGUAAUGUAUAUAUAUAUUUUUUGUAAUGCCUCAAACCCCUUAUCUGCACCCUCACCAUUAUGUUCUUUAAGGAGGAAACUGUACCAAGAAUGUUAUCUAAUACAGCUGUGGAAAGAUAAAGAAGUCAAUGAAAUCA